GCUUCUGGGCUUUAUAACUGAACCAAGCCCACCAAAGCGUUGAGAAUUAGGGUUUCGCAAUUCGCUUUCUAUAAAUUCACACAGAAAGAAAACCACACUCUUCUACCUCGUGCUUCUUCCUCCUCUGCACUCUCCACAACAAGCUUCAAUCCAAGGAGAUGGCUGCAAUUCCUGGACAACUCGUGUGGGAGAUCGUGAAGAGGAACAACUCUUUUCUGGUGAAGGAGUUUGGCAAUGGUACUCAGAGUGUUCAGUUCAGCAGAGAGCCUAACAAUCUCUACAACCUCAACACCUUCAAGUACUCUGGUUUGGCCAACAAGAAGACUGUGACCAUUCAGGCUGCGGGCAAAGAUCAGUCUGUGUUGUUGGGAACGACCAAGUCAAAGAAGGAGACCAAGCCUGCAGCUUUGGUUCACAAGUCUGUCAUGAAGAAGGAGUUUCGCAGGAUGGCUAAGGCAGUGCAAAAUCAGGUGGCUGAUAACUACUACAGGCCUGAUCUCAAGAAGGCAGCUCUUGCAAGGUUGAGUGCUGUCAACAGGAGCCUCAAAGUUGCAAAGUCUGGUGUCAAGAAGAGGAACAGACAGGCUGUGAGGGUCCCUGGUAGGCAGUGAAUUGAGAAGAGUUAAAUUACAGUUUACAUUUCUAUCAUUGUUUUCUCCUUUGCUCCUUUGUAGUUUGUGUACUAGAGUUCGGUUCUGGAUGUUUGGAAUUUUGUUUGAAAAGGCAACUAUUGUGUUUUCCGCAUAUAACUGGAGCUACCAUGUUUUUAUCUGGUUUUAAAAUUUUCGUGACUUGAUACAAAUGAUUCAAGGAUGUUCAUAUUUUCUUUA